AUGCCCCCGAAGAAGAAGGACGCGAAGGGCGGCGGCGAUGACGACAAGCCUCCGCCCCCGCCCGAGCUCCCCGAGCUCACCUCGCACCAGCUCGAGAUGAACGAACGCGCGCUCCACGCGGCGAGGCUUCAGAUUUCCCUCGACGCAUUCCGCACCCGGACGACGUCGCUGGAACGAACCAACGCGGCUCUGAAGGCGGCGGUCGCGGACACGACCCGAGCCACCUCCGACGUCGAAGAGUACCUCACCUGGGAGCUCGCCGCGAGGCGGGAGAUCGUGGACGAGCUUCAGGCGCGGAUCGACGCCAAGACUCGCGAGUGCGAGGGGGAGACGCGCGGGAUGGAAGUUCGCGUCCGUUCGGCGAGGGAACGCGCCGACGGGGAGACGCGGGAGCUCACCGCGCGCGUCGACGCCCUCCGCGAGACGGAACCCGACAUCUCGCGGCGUCGAGAUGACAAGACGCGCAUCCUCGACGGCCUCGCCGAGGUCUCCGAGACCGUCGCGAGGGAGCUCCACGAGAUGAAAACAAACCUGCACGACCUCGAGAGCGCGCUCGCUCGAGAUCGAGAGCGCCUGCGAGCGGAAUCCGCGGCGCGAAUCAAGGCGACGAGGCUCGCGCUCAUGCGACUCACGGACGAGGAGCUGGAGAACACCACGAAACGCGUCAUCGCGCGGAACGAGCGCGCGGCGGUCGAACUCGAGUCUCAAUCCCGCGACUCCGACGCUCUCGUGGCAAAGACGAUUGAAUUGACUGCAGAGCACGAACGGACUAGACGCGAACUCGAGCUGCAGCGGGCGCUGGUGCGCGCGUCGGCGCGCCGGGAGGGUGACUUGCGCGCGUGCGCGGACGCCCUCGCGCGGGAGGUGGGGCGGAGCGACAUCGCCAUCGCGUCCGCGAACGAGGGCGUCGGAACGAGGUCCAACUCGGAGGAUGCCGACUUCGACUUUGACGGCGCCGUCGCCGAGGCGGCCGAGUUGGAGCGCGAGACGGACGCGCUGAGGCUCGGGCUCGAGAGGCACGUCGGCGCGACGCGGGCGCUGGCGAGGAGGGCCGCCGCGUUCGGAACGGGGACGGGGAUUGGGACGAAAAGUCGGCACCCCGGAGCGGGAACGGUCGGGGGGGGCGCGGGCGACGACGUUGAUUGUAACGUUAAUUGGAACGGGGAUGGUCGGGACGUGGACGCGCGCGCGUUCGAGGCCGUGUACGGCUCGCUCCGGGGGUUCGUCGUCAACAACGAGACGCGCUCCUCUAACGGCGGCGGGGGGCGUGGGGCGGGCGUAUCGCUGGACGACCUCGACGCGCGUCGCAGGGCGGCGGCGCUGGAUGUGUUGCACGACGAUUUGGCGGCGGCGUCGGCGGCGAAGCAAGCGGCGACGGAGCAAGCGGAGCACGCGACGAGCGUCCCUGCGUCGACGAAGAGGCGUUUCGCGCCCUCGCCCCCCGCGGCGCCUCCGAGGUGGAAGUGA